AUGGCGUGCAAUCAUAUUAACAACAUAGCAUACCUCUUGUGUGUAUUUUUAUUAGGUUACGUAUCAUGUAAUGUUGGAGAUGGUUGUAAUAGAGGUGAUGUUAGAACAUGUGGUGGUAAACCUGCAGGUACAGGAUAUCAAUGUGAUAACAGUAAUCGAUGUCAAUGUACUGCUGACUAUUAUGAUUCUAGUGGAGUUUGUACAGCAAAAUUAGGAUAUAAUGGAGAUUGCAGUAAUUCAAAUGAAGCCUGUAUUCCUGAUUUAAUAUGUUAUACUGCUACUUCAACAUGUAAAUGUAAUACUGGUUAUUACAGAUCUACUAAUCAAUGUAAACCAGAAGUAGAAUCUGAUAGUAACUGUAACCCAAGUGAUACACAGUCAUGUACUGGUAAUUUAACAUUAGAAUCUGGUAGUAACUGUAACCCAAGUGAUACACAGCCAUGUACUGGUAAUUUAACAUGUAUCAAUAAUAAAUGUGGAUGUCAAGAUGAUCAUUACCUAUAUGAUAAUAAUUGUUAUCCAAAAUUAGGAUAUAAUGGAGAUUGCAGUAAUUCAAAUGAAGUCUGUAUUCCUGAUUUAAUAUGUUAUACUGCUACUUCAACAUGUAAAUGUAAUACUGGUUAUUAUAGAUCUACUAAUCAAUGUAAACCAGGAACUGAUUAUACUAAUAUUAAGAUAACAACUAAAGUUAGAACUGAUAGAGGUAGUACUACUGAAGAUGCUGUGUCUGAUGAGAUAACUGAUAGUACCAAUCCUGGUAAACCUGGACCAUUAAAUUCUGAUAAUAACUAUGAUACUACUAAAGUAAUGAACAUUGGAUUUGUUAAACCAACUGGUGGAGUAGAUAAAUACAUUGUAGAAAUAACAGGACCAGGUCUUAACACCCCUUUUACACAAGAACCAACUACUAAUAGUAUAACACUACCAGCUAAUACAUUACAACCUGGUAGACAAUACACUAUCAGUAUUAUUGCUGUUUAUAAUGGAAAGAAUAGCACAGGAAUUACAAAGACUUUCAACACAAGCUCAAGAGGGUCUGAUCCUGUUAAAGAUUUAAAUAUAACUAACAUCAAUAGUAGAAAUCUUACUGUAUCUUGGUUUUAUCCUGAUGAAGAUAUGGGUGUUCUUACUGCUUAUAUAUUAGAUGUUAAGAUUGGUAGUGAAUGUAUUCAACAAUAUAUAUAUGUUACUGAUAUUAAUAAUAAGGUAGGCCUAGUGUUUAUAAUAUUAGAUGUAAAGAAUGGUAGUGAAUGUAUUCAACAAUAUAUAUAUGUUACUGAUAUUAAUAAUAAGCCAACGACUAAUAAUUGUGCAGGUGUAACACCACCAUAUAAUGUAACAGAUUUAAAAGCUGGUAUUACACAAAUGAUAACUGAUUUGUUACCAUAUAUCAACUAUACUCUAAUAGUUACACCAUAUAAUAAAGCUGGACCAGGAUCUGUAGCUUCUAAAUCAGCACAAACACUUGAAGAAGCUGCUGGUGAACCAAGUAAUUUGAAUGUACCAGUUCCACAAAUCAAAUCUACCAGCUUUCUGGUGACUUGGAAUAAACCAUCUCUGAAAACUGGACCAACAACAUAUUAUUUGACUGUAUAUGAACAGAAAGAUCUGUCAAAUAACCAGGCUAGUCAAUUAGUCAAAACAUAUUCUGUACAAGCUCCAGGAAAAGUUGAAAGUCUAACAGUACGCCAUAAAAGUGAAAUAUUUACAUCAGCAGAAGUCAGCUGGAGUUGUGUUAAAGAAAGAAAUCGACAUGGAGUUAUUAUGAACUACACAUUGACUUCUACUCUAGUGAAUGAAGAUCCUAGAGAUAUUCAACCUAAGGAAAGUUGUACAUUUACUGAAAUCGUCGGAGUGAAGCCAGGAGAGGAUAUUACAUUUACAGUUUUUGCUACUAAUAUGGACUUUAAGGGAGAAGAGACAGUUAUAAAAUAUCCAGCACCAACAGGAAAACCAAAACUACCAAAGGAAGAAAUAAUUUUGAUACCAAACUCUGAAGUCAUUGAACAGACAUCAUUCUCUGUAACAGUUUGUCCUAAUUGUUUAAGAGAUGAAACUAAUGGUCCUGUAAAGAUAACAGCAUUAUUAGUCUGUGUUAAAGGCAAUUGUGAUAUCAAUGAUAAUCAGCUAACUGUAGCAAAGGUAAGAAGUUACGCUAAUUGGCAGAAAGUCAGUGCUCAAUCAUUUGAUGUACCAUAUAGAGUAACAAAUGAUACCUGGUAUGGUGAUAAAGAUGACGUAGAUAAAUUAAAAUUUGUUGUUGGUACUGAAAGUGAUUGUGACAAACAGUCUAAAGAAUAUUUUUGUAAUGGACCAUUGAAGAUGGAUACAGAAUAUCAAAUUCUAGCUGUGUCAUGCACUGAAGGGGGUUGCUCUGUAUCUCAACCAAUAGGACCCUUCAAAACAAAAGGCGAUUCUACAGAUGAUAGUAUUUCUCCAGCAGUGGCAGCAAUUAUUAGUUGCUUAGUCACUGUUAUAGCGAUGGUCAUUGGAAUUGCUAUUUAUUGUUUAGUGAAAAGAAGAAGAUCGAAACAAAAGGAAAGUAAAGAAGGAACUGUAAACUACACACCACACUCAAAUGGAACUUCGAAUCCUGAGACCGCAGCAUAUGUCAACCUCCCAAACCGCAACAGUGGCGUUGAAACUGCAGCGUAUUACGUCAAUGUUCCAGAUCAAAGAAACAAUGAAGAACAAGGUCCAUAUGCGUCUUUAGAUGACGAUUUAACACCUCCCGUUUAUGAAACUCUAAAAUGA